AUGGGCAACAAAACAAAAUCCUCGCCGAAACGGACCGCGGGCGUGUCGUGGCGGGCGCUGUCGCUGGCGGCGCUGGCUGGUGCUGCGCUGUCAACACUAGCGACGCGUCCUACUUUCCAGUCAUUCAUUGUCAGUCGUCUCCCAGUUCUCAGCCAAAAGCCCACUGUUCUGGACCCCAACACAUACGACUACGAGGGCAUUAUGGCGGACAAGAAGAUUUUUGAAGUGGUUGCGUUGCCGGGCAAGGGGAAAGGCGCCAUUGCCGUUCGGGAUAUCAAGCGCGGCGAGCUAAUACUCCGCGAAAAGCCGCUGGUUAUUGCGCCAAACGACGACACCCCACGCGAUUGGGUGCAAGAACUCUUCUACAACUGGACUUUCUCCCCUUCCAAGCGCGACACGCUCUUCAACCUCACACAUAGCAAUCUUUGGCCGGACGAUGACCCCGAGACCGGCGAGCCCCUCGACUUCAAUCUCGACCCAGCCACACAAAAUCCAGACGAGCGUUUCUGGCUCACGCAAGGCAUCCUCAAUAACAACGUCGCCGCCAUGACAGUCGAUGGGGAGCCAUUCCGGGGUCUGUUCCCGCGCUUCGCAAGAGUCAAUCAUGUGUGCCCAGGUGCGAAUAAUGUGCACUAUUGGUGGCGGGAGGUCGACCAUGAACUACGCAUAUAUGCGGUGAAGGACAUCAAGAAAGGCACGGAGUUGGGGCAUUCGUAUCUGGGCCAGGUGGGGCCCAAGUCGGCUAGAAUACAACAUCUCGAGGAGACAUAUGGCUUCACCUGCACGUGCAAGUUUUGCACCCUCAACGAGGAGGACACAAAGCAGAGGGAUGAAUGGGCGGGGGAGUGGCAUGCGUUAGUGGACGACUUUGACACCAAUUUGGCCAACGGCACACUUCCUGGGCAAGACGCUGUCCGAAUGGUCCGUGCGAUGUGGAAGCUCGCGCUCAAGCUGGAAUAUACCACUGAGCGGGCACGGUUUUCGGAAGAGGCAGGGCUGGUGGCGCUUGCGCAUGGAGACGCGAAAUCGGCUGUUCAGUGGCUGAAGUUGGCAGACAAGUACUACACGAUCGAAGUCGGCGCUGAUUCCGUCGAUGCGGAGCGUGUGAGGGAACUGCACCACAACCCCACCAAAGCAGAUAACUUUGCCUCGAAGGAACGCCUCACGCUAGAGGGGCCGGAUAAGGCGUGGUUUGAUAGCUAA